GUAAAGCGCAGGAGAUAAGCGGCUUUAAUUGGCUAAUUUGGCCCCAUUGGCCUUUCGCAGUCUGCAGCCACCCUCACCGGAGCUGAGAGCAGCUGCAGCCCGACACACUCUCCGUUGUCCGACCGCACACACACUGCAGCUCCAAUAUACCUUUCUCUGGGAGUUUCUCACUGAGGACGCAUGGAUUAUCUCUGCAGCCGUUUGGUGGUCUGAGCAUCUUAAUUCGCCUGUGAUCCAGAGGCAUUUUUCCAAGACACGUAAUGCUCCUUUUCAAGAAAACAGACGGGACUUUCUGACAAUCCUACUAUGUGUAGACGUUUUUACUGUAUGUUUCACUUUGCAAACAAGACCCAACUCCAACUGUUUCCAUUCUGUCAGAGUGUUUAUGCGUAAAGUGCGCACCGGAGCGCUUUGGAUCAGCAGGCUGAAGUCCGGUGUAAGUUCCCGUGACACCACGAUGAGACAACUGUGCGGGGAGCAGUGUCCAGCGCGGCAUUCAUGAGAGCCAGGGGGCCGGGUUGCUGUGGCUCGGACCGGGACGGAGGAGGAGCCGGGCCAGAGAUGGAGGCCAAUCUGAGUGUGGCGGCGGAGGUGGAGGUGGAGGCAGAGAGGGCGGCCCCGGGGGCUUACACGGCGUCGGGUUACAACCUGCCGUCCCUGUUGUUCGGGGUGCUGCUGAUCGUGGUGAUCAUCUGCGGGAACCUGCUGGUGUGUCUCAGCGUGUUCACGGAGAAGGCGCUGAAGACCACCACCAACUACUUCAUCGUCAGUCUGGCCGUGGCGGAUCUGAUGCUGGCUGUGCUGGUGCUGCCGCUCUUCGUCUUCUCAGAGUUUCAGGACGGCGUUUGGACCCUCGGCACAACCGUCUGUGAUGGUCUUAUGACCAUGGACGUGAUGCUGUGCACCGCCUCCAUCUUCAACCUCUGCGCCAUCAGCGUCGACAGGUUCAUCGCCGUUUCCAUCCCUCUCAUCUACAACAGGAAGCAUGUUGACAUGCGGCAGACGGUGCUGCUGUCGGCCACCUGGAUCCUGGCCCUUGCCGUGGCCUCACCUGUAAUUUUCGGCAUCAACAACGUGCCUGGUCGCGACUCCAGUGAAUGUAAACUAGAAAAUGACGACUAUGUCCUCUACUCGUCUGUGUGCUCCUUCUUCAUCCCCUGUCCAAUCAUGGUGCUGCUGUACUUCGGCAUGUUUCGUGGCCUGCGACGCUGGGAGGAAGCGCGUAAGGCAAAGCUGAAGAGUAGCAUCCUGGCCUGUCGCAAGCUGCAGGAGGCCGCUACCUCUCUGCCGCCACUGGCCUCAUUGCCACCGCCACUGCCACCCAUCAUUGAGCGGGAACUUACUGAUACUCCAGAUGAACCAUCCACCUUCCCGUCAGCAGAACAGCCUUUCCACUUGUCAGAGUACAAAGACGGCCCUGUGCCGACAGUCAGCUUUGCAGAUAUCAGGUUCAAUCCUGACCCUCAAAAGAGAAAGAGGGCCAAGAUCAACAACCGGGAGAGGAAGGCCAUGAAAGUGCUUCCUGUCGUUGUGGGUGCCUUCCUGUUCUGCUGGACUCCCUUCUUUGUCCUCCACACGAUGCGAGCACGCUGUCAAGACUGCUACAUCCCACCAGGCCUGAUGAGCGUGGUGACGUGGCUUGGCUACGUCAACAGCGCCCUCAACCCAGUCAUUUACACCAUCUUCAACACAGAGUUCAGGAACUUCUUCAAAAAGUUUCUGCACCGCUGCUGCUCCCAGAUCUGAACCACUGCUGCUGCUGCAUGGAAAAUUUUAAAUACACAGCUGCUGCGAGAAACUCUACUGACAAAUGGAUUAGUGUGUAUAGUCUGUGUAUGUCGCCUUUGUUUCCUUCCUCUGUGAGGUUUAUAUUUUUAUACAUGUGAUGACAGCAAAGUUGGUUUGAGCUUUAUGUUUCCUGAGAAGAAGCUUUAUUCCGAAGAACAAACUGUUCAGAGGAUCAGAAACACAUCUUCAUAACCAACCAUAGCUGAUUUUAUAUGGGGAAAUUCAUCUUUUCAAAAUAAAAGUAUGCACAAAGAUGCAAGUUGUGUGAUGGUAA